AUGUGCAUCCUGUCUCCAGGUGAGACUUCGUGUUAACGUCCAGCUUCUUCAUCUGUGGAGGAAUAAUGGAGCUGGCGUACGUCUGUGAGUGGGACAGACGUCAGAGGAGCACUCACUGUCCGUCCAUCCCUCUGGUCUGUUCCUGGUCCUGCAGGAACCUGGUGGCCUUCACCACAGACCUGAAGAACGACGACGACGACAAAGAUGUCAGUCACAUGAUCCACAUCAUGGACACUGAACACCCGUGGGACAUUUAUUCAAUCAACUCUGGACACACUGAGGUCAUUUCCUGUCUGGAGUGGGACCAAUCAGGCUCGAGGCUGCUGUCGGCCGACGGUGACGGUCAGAUUAAAUGCUGGUCGAUGUCAGAUCACCUGGUGAACAGCUGGGAGAGCGUCCUGUCCAGCUCUCUGGAUGGAGAUCCAAUCGUGGCUCUGAGCUGGCUUCAUAACGGCGUCAAACUGGCGCUGCACGUCGAGAUGUCGGGCUCGACAAACUUCGGUGAGAAGUUCUCUCGGGUGAAGUUCUCUCCGUCUCUGACUCUGUUUGGCGGGAAGCCGAUGGAGGGCUGGUUGGCUGUGACAGUGAGCGGAUUAGUCACGGUGUCGCUGUUGAAGCCAGGUGACGCUCUGUUGACGGCCAGCGAGAGUCUGUGCCGGCUAAGAGGUCGGGUGGCGUUGGCUGACAUCGCUUUCACUGGAGGAGGGAACAUUGUGGUGGCGGCGACCGACGGCAGUAGCUCGUCUCCCGUUCAGUUCUACAAGGUGGUGGUGAGCGUGGUCAGUGAGAAGUGUCGCAUCGACACUGAACUGUUACCGUCGCUGUUCCUGCGCUGCACCACCGACCCCCUGAGAAGAGAGAAGUACCCGGCUGUGACCCACCUUAAGUUCCUGACCCGAGAGAACUCUGAACAG